GGUGACGUCAGUAACGAGCGACAUGGUUCACUAAAGUGGGAGAUUCGAAGUGGCUUCAGCAAAACAAAGCGGAUUUACACGUUAUCUGAGUCAAAGAGCCGCAUCUGAUGCACUGAGACGACACACGGGUGACUUCUGCGUACCAUUAAGUUGAAGGAUGGCCACCCCGAGUAAGACACCCCCUGGUGCCGACCCGAAGCAGCUGGAGCGGACUGGGACGGUCCGGGAGAUCGGCUCCCAGGCGGUGUGGUCCCUGUCCUCCUGUAAACCGGGUUUCGGAGUGGAUCAGCUGAGAGAUGAUAACCUGGAGACUUACUGGCAGUCAGAUGGAUCUCAGCCUCACUUAGUCAACAUACAGUUCAGGAGGAGAACCACCGUGAAGAUGUUGUGUAUAUAUGCUGAUUACAAGUCAGACGAGAGCUACACGCCCAGUAAGAUCUCGGUCAGAGUGGGGAACAACUUCCACAACCUGCAGGAGAUCAGGCAGUUAGAGAUGGUGGAGCCCAGCGGCUGGAUUCACAUCUCUCUGUUGAACCAGCGGACAAACGAGCCGAUCAGCACCUUCAUGAUCCAGAUCGCCGUGCUUGCCAACCACCAGAACGGCCGAGACACUCACAUGCGGCAGAUCAAAGUCUACACGCCGGUGGAAGAGAGCUCUAUCGGGAAGUUCCCACGAUGCACCACGGUGGACUUCAUGAUGUACCGCACCAUCAGGUGAUCCAGAGAAAGACCGCCGGACCCCUCAGGGAGGUUCUGGACAGUUUGGACUCGCAGGAAAAGAAGAAGAAGACGGACUGAUAUCUGGAGAUUUGAUUGAUUCUGAUUCCAGAGCUGAUCGAUCUUGCACCAUUUGAAUGAUCAUAUUAUCUUUAAGGUUUUGUUAAAUGUUUUUUUAAAUAAAUACUGGACUUGUAUUUAAAUUGA